ACGCUCUGUGGCUUCGGUCGGAUUUGGCGCGGAAUUUGUCACAAACAAACCGACAGGAUUUGGAGUCGAGCUGGCGAUAGUAGACAUGGGAACCAUGGAGCAAAAAUUGAAUGAGGAAUUGAAACAACUGCAGCGAGAGAUCGAGGUGUGUGAAGCUGAACAGGAUUCCUAUGUGCGAUCGAUUUCCCUUCAACAUGGAGAAGCCCUGCGAGGUGUUCUACAGACCCUGUACAACAAGAAGGAGAAGGGAGAUGGGACACUCAAGAAAGAUGUUUCAAAGCUCAUAACAGAUAUUACUGAUACUGAGAAGGACCUUAGAAGACAGACAAACAUCAGUGGAAUAACCCUCACAGAGUGCUGCGUGAAGACACUGGAGAAAAAUGAGAGGAAAACCAUUCAACAAUACAGACUGACUGGUCACUGCUGCUUUCUUUCAUUCCAAGUUGAAUUUGCUCUGGUUGACAUUCAGGAUAGUGACUCCUCCCUUCAGAAGAUCACUGACCUCAACGUGAUAUUGGAUGGUGCCGAGUUUAAAGACUUGUGUGCAUUUGUGUCAAGAGUGGAGGAAACAAAGAGCCUUUUCCUGUUCUUUAGAACCCUGAGGUUGUUUUCAGAGAGAUGUAAACAAAGAAGUUGCACACUCCAGUACUUCAAGGAGAAAUAUCCAGAUGUGGUCCGUCUUCCAGAGGGAUGCAGGUCAGAGGUCAUGAUGAUCCAGAGUCCUAAACUUCCUGGGUGCACCAUGAGCAUAUUCUGGAAGAUUAGUGUGAGCAAGGAAGGAGUCGUCCAGCCAAAGCUUGAGCUGCUGAUGAAGAUGCCUGAGCAAGCCCAAAAGAUGGACACCAACAAUGUGAUGGAGACAGCACCCGAAGCCUUUCGAAGUCUUCUGAAGAUUUUUGGCGUGGAAGCCUCAAUCGAAAGUUUAAUCAAAUCUGUAUGUUUCUGAACAUUCACACAGACCAGGCUGAUGAACAAAAACACUGAGCAAAG